CUUACAUGAUUUAGCAAUACAGAUUAAGCCUACAGAAUAGCCAGAAAUAUUAGGAGGACUGUUAUAUAUAAUGUUAGGAGAGAUGUGUUUCCUUUCCUUUCUCUUCUCUGUUUUUACUUUCUUCUGAGCUUUUUCUGAGUUGCACAAUCUUGUUCGGUAAGCACUAAAGACCUGCAACAGGCAUGUUCCCUCCCCUAAGACUGGGAGGAUUUCCUUAAGGGGACGUCACCUACUGCCAGUCCAGAAUGGCAACAUCAGAUGAUUGGGAAACAGACUGUGACUUUUUUACACUGCUUCUGUGCAGGCGUUUUACCCUUGAAUAUAUGUGACAAAAAAGCAGCAGGGGAGAGAUAUGCCAGUCCUCAAUAAAUGUAAUAUGGAAUUCAGUUGAGGAGUGCUCACUCUUGUGUAAACAUGCCAAAGUGAUUCACUGGUCUGUUGUGCAGACUGAAGCAACGCUAAGGAAUCUAUCAGGAAGUGAACAGAAACUUAGCGAAGACCAGUUGUUCUGUAUAAGAUUACAAAGAUACUUUACAAUGGAAGAAAGCAAAGAAAAUAAUUCAGUGGAAAACUCCCUAGAAAGUUCUCUGGAAAAUCUGUCUGAAGGAUCUCUGGGGAAAACAGUGGAAGAUUCUGUGAAAAAUCAAGUAGAAUGUUCUGUGGAAGAAGUAGAGCAAACAAAACUUAAAAACCCUGAAGAAUAUAUAGUUCUAGAACAGACAAACAUAUCCAGUAGAGAUCAAUAUGUACCUAUGGAUGAACAAGCCCAUCUUAUACCUAUAAAACAGGACAAGAAAGCAGAAGCAAAACAAUUGUGUGGAUACUUAUAUAAAUUGGGGAUAAAGGGACCUAUUAAGACCUGGAAGUAUCGUUUCUUUUCUUAUGAUGAUAGAAAGUGUCUCUUACUGUACUACAGAAUGGCUAAGGAUGUUUCUCCUUUGGGAAGCAUUGACUUAAGUACAGCUGUAUUUAAUUGCAAGGUGGAAAUGGAGAAGGGAACGUUUGAAAUUAAAACUCCAAGCAAGGUCUUUAUACUUAAGGCAAUCAACAAUCAUGCCAUGAUGUACUGGUUGCAACAACUACAAAAAAAACGCAGGCAGAUUUGCAGCAUGCCAUCUAGACUUGAUUUCAGGAUUAUUUCUGACCCACCUGAAGAUCAGCUGGAUCAGGGAAAUGUAGCUGCAGAGGAUGAUGGUUUUCUGCCCCCUGUGAAAACACCAACUGAAGUUGUGGGUUCGUUAUUGGUGUCAUUGCCUGCUCCUCAAGAGACUGCAUCAAUUCAGAACAUCUCCUUGAAACAUCCUUGGACAGAAAUACAGAAUACUGUUCGUAAUUUAUGUGGCUCAAAACCGAAUGGAGGAGGAGUCAGGAGUGUUUUUCACUAUGACGAGGUUGAGCAACCAGAAGAAAAAACAGUUCAGGAAAUGCAUGGCUUGGAAGCUGUUCUGAAGCCUUCUGUUACGAAGCUGCCUCCUUCAUUAAACUUUGCUAGAAAAGCCAGGAGACAUAAUGGAUUCAUAGGACAAACAACCACAGAAACCGUGUCCCUAGAAAAGAUGAGUAGCCCACAGCAACAAAUACAAGCUCUAACCGAGGAGCUGAAGUCUCAGAAGGGUCUUGUUAAACUUCUACAUCGGGUCCUUGAGUCUGCCCACCAGGAAAAAAGAGCAUGUGAUGAUUACAUGAAUGCCACGCUAGAAAAAGAUAGACUUGAACUAGUGCGGCAUAAAGUUAGGCAAAUAGAGGAAUUGAAGCAGCGAGUGGAAGCCCUUGAGGAGGAAAAGAAAGAGACAGAUCAAGCUCUGAGUUUGAAGGAUCAUCACAUUGCUGAACUAGAGGAACAUGUAAAACUGUUAAUGGAGAAAAACCAUGCCAAACAACAAGUUAUUUUGAAGCAGAAGGAACAGUUGCUUAGCUGUUGUGAUGGUCAAGACGUCAUAAGCUCCUCUUCAGAGCCUUUCAAACAGCUAUACAAGCAAAUUGAAAGCUUAACGGAUGACAUAGACGCCUACAAAACUCAAAACCAGUUUUUAAACUCUGAAAUUCACCAGUUAACAGAUCUAUGGAGAAAUACAUCUGAAAAGGAACAAGCUCUGCUUAUGAAGUGUUCUUACUUGGAAGCUAAGAACUGUCAAUUAGAAAGCAAAUACUUGAUAGUCCUGAGAAAACUGAGAGAAGCACUGCCACAUCUGGAUGCCGAAUACUGUGAAGUCAUAAAGAAUUUGAUAGAAGAUGCUUUACAAUCCGAUGUUAAACAAGGUGAUGGACAGACAGGACUACAGUUAAAUCCCAUUAGUGGAUAUGAUGACUAUGGUUUUAUGAUAAUUCCAGAAUAUGAGGUUGAACACUUAAAACUGUUAGCCAAAAUCCAAGCAUUGGAAUUAAGAUCCAAUAAGCUUCUUACUCAUGAUGUGGUGGACAAACCUUUGAAAAUGAAAUGGGACAACAUCGAAGAUCUAACCCAUUCUGUAGAACUAAAGAAUCUGGUGAGAUGUGGUAUUCCAGCUGAGCACCGCAAACGUGUAUGGAAAUGGCUUACUGCUAGACGACUCCACCUUAGCAGCAAUUGUUAUGAGAAACUAUUAAAUAAGUGUGAAACCUCUCAGCAUCCAGCGACCAAACAAAUUGAAUUAGAUCUGCAUCGUACUUUGACCAACAACAAGCAUUUCAGUUGUCCAACCUCAGAUUUCAUUCAGAAGCUCCGACGGGUUCUCCUUGCAUUUUCUUGGCAAAAUCCCACCAUUGGAUACUGCCAGGGUUUGAACAGGUUAGCUGCUCUUGCAUUGUUAGUUUUGGAAGAAGAGGCGAGUGCAUUUUACUGUCUGGUUGAUAUUGUGGAAAAUAUAAUGCCGGCAGAGUACUACAGUAACAACUUAGCAGGUUCUCAGGUCGAUCAGAGAGUAUUCAAGGACUUCUUAUCAGAAAAGUUGCCUCGUUUGACAGCUCACUUUCAGCAGUACAAGAUUGACCUAUCCAUGAUCACCUUUAACUGGUUCCUUGUUGUGUUUGUUGAUAGCUUGGUCAGUGACAUUCUUCUUAGAGUUUGGGACGCCUUCCUAUUUGAAGGGACAAAGGUUAUCUUUCGGUAUGCACUUGCAAUCUUUAAGUAUAACGAAGAGGAAAUCUUAAAGAUUACUGAUGAAACCGACAUCUACCAGUAUCUCUCAUUUUUUACAAAAACUAUUUGUGAUGGCAGAAAACUGAUGAACAUUGCAUUCAAUGAAAUGAAUCCAUUUCCAAUGAAGCUGCUAAAAAAUCGGCGCGCUGCACAUUUGGAAAAAUUCAAAGCAGAAUUGGCUGAGCUGGAACAAAUUAAACAGGAAUAUGUCCUGAGCAAGAAAGUAGAGGGAAAGAAGGAUCUUGAUAUAGGUCUCAGUGAAGAUGAGGAAGAAACAGGAAAUAAUGAAAAAUAAUUAUUUGUUAAUUUAAGUGACAUUUAUAAUGGACAGUCUACAGGUCUAGAGGAACAUAGUUCCCAUGGAGAAUGUGUGUUGCUUUUCUACCAAGACAUGGAUGAUACCUUAUUAGGUAUCUUUCAACAACAACAAAUCAUCAUUCAUUACCUUUAUUUAAUCAAACAGAUAGAUUUCUAGAUUACUAUUAUUUUUGUAUGUAUAUAUAUAUAUAUAUAUAUAUAUACACACACACACAUACACAUAGUAAUCCAAGAAAUCUGUUGAUGUUGUUUCCUAGGCAGAUUUUUCUGAGAAAAAUGAGCCAGACUAUGCAAGUUAUGCCAAAGGGGUAGCUUUAUCAAUGUGCGGGCGGACAUCGAUAAAUACCGACAGCAUACGUCGUUUGCAUUUAUCAUUGCACAAGCAUUUCUAGUGAAAUGCUUGUGCAAUGCCACCCCCUACACAUUCGCUGCCAAUUGGCCGCUAGCAGGGGGUGUCAAUCACCCGAUCGUAUCCGAUCGGGCUGAUAACUGUCCGCCACCGCAGAGGUGGCAGAAGAGUUAAGGAGCAUUGGUCUUAUGACGAGCUGAAAAGUACGGAGGUAGAUAGCAGCAUCCGCUGCUUCGUAAAUCUACCCCAAAGAAUGCAAUUGUUGUAUAAUUGUAGAUUUGAUCUAGUAAUAUCUAUAAGGCUUGCAUUAUUUUUUUUCGGAUAGUGCGCAUAAUGUAUUUCUGUUGUGGCUCACAGUAAGAUUAUUUCUGUCGAGCAGCGCUCAAGCUAAAAGCAUUUAUAAAGCGCUACUUUUGCUGUUCUAGCAUACUACUUACCCUCAAGUAAUGCAGUUUUUAAUUUUUGUUCAUUACUGUACACUUUCCAUAUCAGUUUACGUUUUUGAUUUAACACACACUUAUAUAAAUAAGGUUCAGACACACAGAAUUAGGACACCCACACACACACUUGACUAUUUACCUUUUUACCAUCACUUGUCUUAAAAUCUUAUCCUUAUACCCUGUCCACAACAAUCCAACACUCCCCCCCCCACACUGUUAAUGUAUUACUCUUAAAUAAACAUUACUUGCUUUAUUUCAAUUGUAUUUCAAGUGCAUCAGAUAGCACAAAUAUUGAUAUCAGGUUUUCUAAAAGGUUGAAGAAGGAAAGCACUUAUUUUUUUUUUUACUAAUUUGUAUUAUUUUCAUUCACCAUUAAAGGGACCUUGUACACUA